AUAUUCGACCUCUGACCUUAUAAGAACAACACGAGUUCAUAAAAUAUCAAAAUUUUCUUCUCGCAGUUGAUUUUCUAACUCUCUGAAAUCAUGCAACUCCCCAUCCUGAUUUUCGGUAUCAUUUUGGCUGCGAAUCAUGUACUUGGACAAUCGCAACAAAUUCAAUUACCAGAAUCUGCAGCCUUCAUGACAGAUGAAGAUUUAGUUGAGCAACUUGACCGCAUGAAGCACAACAUUACCGAACUAUGGUCGAACUUCAAUGAGCUAAAAACAGUUCUUACUCAAACUCUCAAUCAUCUUCGAGUUCAUCAAGCAGAAUUAGAAGAGACCGUUCACAUGCUGGAACACAAGCACGAUGGCACCGGAGGCACUCCUGGAGCUUAUACUGAUGAUCAUCACCAUCAUCAUAGUGGAGAGCAACACUCAGAUGAUUCACAUUCUCAUGGAAGUGAUGAUCACCACCACCACAGUGGAGAACAACACUCACACGGUAGUGAUCAUUCCCACGGUAGUGAUCAUUCCCACGGUAGUGAUCAUUCUCACGGUAGUGAUCAUUCACAUAGUGGCGAGCAUCACGGUAGCGACUCACAUUCUCAUAGCGAUGAUUCACAUUCUCAUAGUGGAAGUGAUGAUCAUCAUCAUAGUGGUGAACAUUCCCACGGCAGCGAUCACGAUCACUACCACAGCUCAUCCUCUCAUUCACAUUCACAUUCUGGGCAUGACAUGGAGGGAGAUAAUCACCAACAUGGCGACUCCCAUGAAAAAAAUGACAAUUUGCAACAAGCUCAACAAGGACCUGAUUCCAUGGUAGAGCCUCUAGUACAGCCAACCAGUGUACAGCAGCAUUACCAUCACCAACAACCCCAUCUGGCCCAAGCUAGUAGUAAUUUGCAACUAAUCACUGAUAAUUAUUUCAACAGUCACCACCAUCAUCAUCAGCAUUCACACAGUCGAACUCAACGCAAUCGAACAGUGGAAAUACCUAAAUUUUCAGAAUUCAUGUUGUAUGAUUUUGCUGUCUGUAAUGUUCAACCAAAUAGAGCAAUACCCGAUGAUCAGCAGCAAGAAAUCGUGGGACGCAUUAAUCUUUGGCAAAAAAAAAAAACUGGUGGACCACUCAACUUUCAUGUCCGUCUUCAAGGUUUUGAUAUGGGUGAUCACCAUCACCACGAUGCUCAACAAUCUCUACAAAAAGAAGAUGACAACGAAACCCCUGUCACAGUUGCUCAUAAACAUGGAUUCCAUAUCCAUGCCUUGGGUGAUCUGAGUAAUGGUUGUCAAUCAGCCGGGGGACACUACAACCCUAAGAAUGUAAAUCAUGGAGGACCCAAUGCUUUAAUCAGGCAUGUUGGAGAUUUAGGUAAUAUAGAAUGUGAUGAUCAUGGCAAUGCCAACAUCGUCUUUAAUGAUGAUAUUGCAUCUAUGAAAGGUCCAUAUUCAGUUGUUGGAAAAUCAAUAGUAAUCCACGCUAGUCAAGAUGAUUAUGGUUUGGGUGGUGAUGAUGAAAGCUUGAGAACUGGUAAUGCUGGUACCCGCCUUGCCUGCUGCGUGAUUGAAAAAAUUGAGAAAUUACCCAUUAGAUCUUUUAAGUAUAUUAAAGUGGCCACACUUCACCAAAACUGAAGAAAUGCCUGUUAAGGAUUAUUCAAACAGAAUUUUAAAUGAUAAACUUCUGAACACUUAUAGUAUUUAUGUUUGUGAAAGUUUUUUGUUGUUAAGCUAUUUAGUUUGUAAAACUACUUUGCUUGUUAACACAUGCAUGAGUGGGUUAGUAUAUCUAAAUAUGCUAACCGUCUUGUCAAUUACAUUUUGUGUUGUCAAUAACAUCAUUUUUAUUAGCUUGACAUUGUAGCAAGUUUUAAAAUUCAAAUGUUGAUUUUAACAGCAUUACUUUUUGAAUAAAGUGUGUGAAAACUAUA